GCCGGGCUGGCGGCACUGAGCCCCCUGCGCGCGGCACAUGGGGCGCCUGACAGAGGCGGCGGCAGCGGGCGGCGGCGCUUCAGCGGAGCGCUCGGCGGGGCCCCCUCCCACUCCCCUGCCCCUGUCGUCCACCUCCCCUGGGUGCGCGGCCACCAUGGCGUCCAGCGAGGAGGACGGCGCCAACGGCGGCUCCUCCGAGGCCGGCGAGGAGAGGGAGGCCGCGGGCAAGAGGAGGCGCCUGGGCUUGUUGGCCACCACCUGGCUCACCUUCUACAACAUCGCUAUGACCGCGGGGUGGUUGGUACUAGCUAUUGCCAUGGUACGUUUCUAUAUGGAAAAAGGAACACACAUAGGUUUAUAUAAAAGCAUUCAGAAGACACUUAAAUUUUUCCAGACGUUUGCCUUGCUUGAGAUAGUCCACUGUCUAAUUGGAAUUGUACCUACUUCUGUGCUUGUGGUUGGGGUCCAAGUGAGUUCAAGGAUCUUUAUGGUGUGGCUCGUUACUCACAGUAUAAAACCAAUCCAGAAUGAGGAGAGUGUGGUGCUCUUUCUGGUCGCGUGGACGGUGACAGAGAUCACUCGCUAUUCCUUCUACACAUUCAGUCUUCUCGACCACUUGCCGUACUUCAUUAAAUGGGCCAGAUAUAAUUUUUUUAUCAUCUUAUAUCCUGUCGGAGUUGCUGGUGAACUUCUAACGAUAUACGCUGCCUUACCAUAUGUGAAGAAAACGGGAAUGUUCUCAAUAAGACUUCCUAAUAAAUACAAUGUCUCUUUUGACUACUAUUACUUUCUUCUGAUAACCAUGGUCUCCUAUAUACCAUUGUUUCCACAACUCUACUUCCAUAUGUUACGUCAGAGGAGAAAGGUGCUUCACGGAGAAGUGAUUGUCGAAAAGGAUGAUUAAAUGAUCCCUACAACAAGGUGCUUUUUCUGGAAUAACCAGGAUUGAGUCCAAGUUUUAAUAACAAGAAUAAACAGCUUCCUGAAA